GUUGUGUUCAAUGGAAGACCAAUAAACUUAAGGUCAAAAGCAUCUGAACAAUUGUUGAUUACUAUAUUCUUUAUAUGUAUAUUAAGUAAAUUGAAUCUAGUAGAAGACCAACAAAGAUACUGUUAUAUCAUUGACAAAAUAAAUAACAUUUUAGUAAAACACUAUUAAUAAAGAAUUAUUCUCGUCACAAAAUCAUAAACCAUUGACAGAAUAAUAACAAAUGUUUCGGUGUACUCAAAUUAAUGGUAUAAACAAUGCAGUGAAGUUAUUUGGAUUAUGCUCUGUAUGUAUAUGGACUUUAUUUAUCAUUUCAAAACACAUUAUUCAUAAUCAACCUGAAUUAACACAACCAAUUGAUAAAUUAGAAGAAAUUCCGAAAUUAUCUACUGAUGCUGAUUUACGCAAUCUACCGUUGAUAUUUAUUGGAGGUCAUCAAAGUUCAGGUACUGGAUUAUUACGUGUUCUGCUGGAUGUUCAUCCAAUGGUUCGAUGUGGUCCAGAACCAGUAGUUACAAGAGAAAUAUUAAAACUCAGGCCGAAGGAUCGAAACCGUCAGGACCGGCUUUCACAAUCUGGUGUCACACAAAGUGUACUUGAUAAUGCUAUUGCUGGUUUCAUUGUAUCAAUACUGAAGAAUAUGGGACCACCUGCUGAUAGAUUAUGUCAUAAAGAUCCUUCAUCUUACAUAUAUCUAAGGUAUUUAAGUGAAUUAUUUCCGAAAGCUAAGUUCAUUCAUGCAGUACGUGAUGGAAGAGGAGCUAUAAUGUCUACAAUAAUCCGUAGAAUAAAUCCAACAUAUACUUCGGAUAAUAUUCCUGAAGCACUUAACCAAUGGACGGCCUAUACAUCAAAAAUGAUAGAAGACUGCCAACACAUUGGAAUUCAUCGAUGUAUGACUGUACGUUAUGAGUGUCUUGUCAUAAAACCGAAGAGAGAGAUUCAAAAAAUCCUUAAUUUUCUGGAUCUUCCAUGGGAUGAAAAACUACUGAAUCAUGAAAAAUAUGUUCAUGAAACUUCUAUGAUAAAUAAAUACGAAGCCAGUUCAGUUCAAUUUGUUAAGGCUAUACACAAAGAAUCUUUGUAUGCUUGGUCUAAAAGUAAUUCAAUAAUACCCAGAAAUCUUAUUACAACUAUGCAUCAGAAUAAUAGUCUAUUAGCUAGACUUGGUUAUACCAGUGGAAACAUUCCUCCAGAUUAUGAAGAAGUGUGUGAAGUUGAUUUAAAAUUGUAAAUAAGAAAACCCAAUAGGAAUAUCUUAUUUCUUUUGUUCAUUUAUUUAUUAAUGUCUGUAAAUUAUGCUUGUAACCAUAAAGAUUUAUUUUCGA